AUGAGUCUCAAGCUCAAGCUCAAGGUCAACACAGGAGGACAACCCAAGUCACCGUCUGUAGCAACUCCUCAAACUCCAGUACCCAUGUCUGCAAUCACGCCCGGAGGAUCACGUCCAAAGCUGAAGUUUAAUACGAAUAAAUCUGUUCCACCUACACCCGCCGCCGUCGAAGAACUGAAACCGAAAAAGACAAAGGCAGGGAGAGCUCCAAAGCCAAGCGCAAAGAUUCUCGCCAGCAAGAAGAGAGAACGUGAAGGCAGUGAUAGCGAAGAUGAAGGAUCUACCAUAGCCGUACAUGCGCCUCCAAAGAAAGUCAAACUCAAUCUUGGCCCAAAAACACCAUUAUCCGCGAUAUCAGCAUCAACGCCAAUCCUACUCAAACCCAAACUCAAGGGCAAACCUCCUAAAAGGACUGCCGGAGAGGGCUACGACUCGGAGGCAAGUGAUCGCGAGAUUGACCCUGCGAUUGAAGAGGAAUUCAUAUUACGAAUGAUGCCGGGCGAGGACUGCGAAUACCUACGUGCGGCGAUCAACGACAAGAAGAUAGGCGUGCCGAUUUCACAGGGCGGCCCAAAUAUACAAAUGAAGUUCUUUCACAGCGAAGGUCGGAGGGCAGCAGUCAUAAUCAAGGGUAGGCCAUAUGCCGCAACUCUAGUCGAUUUACCAUGUAUCAUUGAGGGCAUGAAAAGUUGGGACAAAAGAGGAUGGUGGAAGACUGCAGAUAUAUGUCAGAUGCUGUGGGUAUUUGCAAAGGUUGACAAGGAGGAACAAGCGAAGACGAUUCCAUUGCCGAGUAUUAUUGAUAAGGAGACGCAUCAAUAUCCUCACGGAAUAACUCCACCAUUACACUUUGCUAGGAAGCGACGCUUUAGAAAGGGUAUCAGUAGAAAUGCUAUUGAAGCAGUAGAAGAUGCUAUUGAAAAGCUCUUAGCUGCGGAUGAUGCCGCCAUAUCUACCAGAUUCGAGAUGAUUGACCCCGACAUGGGCAGAGCAAGUCAAAUGUACAGUCCCGCACCUGGUAGCAGCCCGGGUAGAGCUCAACUCGACGAAGACGAGUACUCCGAGGACGACGCAGAGGGCGAGGAAGACGACAAUCCUGAAGGAUACUUCGGGCACAUCCCUCAACCCAUGGUCGAAGAAGACGGCGACAUCGACCCCGACCUCGAAGCGGACCUCGAAGCCGCCUUCGACGCCGAAGAAGAAAUCGAAGCCGAGACCCCCAUCUCCGCCGCCGAACCCGCGCCCGUCCCCGAAGAAGACAGCGGCGACGAGUCCAUCGAGGGCGACGACGGCGAAGACGACGACGAGGACGACGACGCGGAGAUUGACGAGGAUGAGAAGGCCCGGCUGGCGCAGAUCCAGGGCACCAAGGAGGAUAUCGAGGAUCUGAUGAAGCAGAUUGAGAUGGCGCAGGCGCAGUUGGCGGUGCAGAAUAAUCCGAUUUUGCGGCGCAGGGUGGAGGAGAAUGUUAGGAAGUUGAAGGCCGAGGUGCAGUUGAAGAAGAGUUCGAUUGGGGAGGGGGAUGAUGAUUAA